AUGGCUGCAGAUGGCCCCAAGCCCGGCUUCCUUGGCAAUCUUAAUGAAAGUCAGGAAGCCAAGCUACAGAAGUUGUGGUCUGUACUGCUAAAGGCUGCCGAACUUCCCACCCCCGAUGAACCCAAUGGCAACGGCAACGCCACGGAAAAUACCACACCGGCCAGUCCAGUCCAGCCACAACGCCGACAGUCCCUGCUUAGUCGUACUCAAAGCAAUGUUUCCGACAAGCCCAGCGUUAGCGCUGCCUCCCCCUAUCAACAGAAAAUGCUGGCAUACUUGCGUGAGCUCGGCAUCGGCCCCCAGGAAACAAAAAUGGUUCAAAAGUCUCUGUCGGAGAUCACCCCAGCUGAGCUUCGGGAGGGUAUUCUUGAACUUUUGAAACAUGACCACCCCGAUGGUAUGAUGCUUCGCUUUCUUCGGGCCCGCAAGUGGGAUAUUCCCAAGGCCUUCGCUAUGAUGAUGGAAGCGAUUGUGUGGCGCGUCAAAGAAAUGCAUGUCGAAGACGACGUAAUGGCCAAGGGUGAACUCCAUGCUCUCAAACAGUCGAAGGACAAUGCGAACGCCAAGGAGAAGAAAGAGGGUCACGAUUUACUCGCUCAGAUGCGUAUGGGCAAGAGCUAUGUCCACGGCACAGACAAGCUCGGUCGGCCAAUCGUUGUGGUACGCGUCCGCCUACAUAAACCCGGCGCUCAGAGCGAGGAGACCCUUGAAAGAUACAUUGUCCAUGUGAUUGAGUCUGUUCGCUUGGCCAUGGCCUCCCCCGUAGAGACUGCAGCAGUUGUUUUUGACAUGACCGGUUUUGGACUUUCCAACAUGGAAUAUCCCCCUGUCAAAUUCAUUCUGAAAUGCUUUGAAGCCAAUUAUCCGGAAUCACUCGGUAUUCUACUGAUCCACAACGCGCCCUGGGUAUUUUCUGGUGUUUGGAGGCUCAUUCGAGGCUGGAUGGAUCCGGAUAUUGCCGCCAAGGUUCAAUUCACUAACUCUGUGAGCGAUAUGGAAAAGUUCAUCUCUCGGGAUCAAAUUGUCAAAGAGCUGGGAGGCUCUGAACAGUGGGAAUACAAGUACAUCGAGCCUGAAGAGAACGAGAAUGCGACCAUGCAAGAUACAACAACGCGCGAUGCUUUAAUCCGGGAACGUCAGCAAAUCGGCGAAGAGUUUAUGGCCUUCACCUCUGAAUGGAUCGAGGCGGCCAACUCACAGGACAAGUCCAAAGCUCAAUCGGCCGCUAGCCAACGCACCUACCUCGCUGAGCGCUUGCGGGUCAAUUACUGGAAGCUUGAUCCAUAUGUCCGAGCUCGCCUCUGCCUCGAUCGUAUGAGGGUGAUUCAGAAGGAUGGAAAGGUCAAUUUUUACCCCAAGGAAGAUGAUAUCGAGGAGACCAAAGAGUCCCCCAAGGUCUCGGAAUUUCACCAUGUGGAAAGCAUAAAUGGGACUGCCACUCAAACUCCUGUUUCAUAG